GAAUUAAAACGCGUUCUAUAUAUAUUUAUUUUCAAUUUAAGUGAAUCGCGUCACUUAAGUCAGAUUUUAUUCAUCUUAAUAAUUAAUAAUUCAAAAAAAAAAAAAAAAAAUAAUUAUAAUAAAAUUAAUUAAAUAAUCUUGUAUUGUUGUAUAUUAAAAUUUUGACACUAAAUUGAUAACGCUGCCGGGAGAGCGAAGACUCAAGAACCAAGAACCGACAACCGAGAAUCGAAUAUAUAUAUAUAUAUAUAUAAAUUAACAUACGCGAGUAUACAAACGUAUAAGUUUAAAUAAAUAUAAACAAUAUAUUGUCAUAUUCUAAAAAUAGUUUAUAAUUAUUUGAAACUUAGACAAAAUGAACAAUUUCAGUGUAAUUUGCUUCUCGAUUGUGGUUUGCAUAGCCGCAACUGCGUAUGCCGUAUCCAGCACAUGGGGCAACACAACGAACUCGGCGCAAUUGUUGCAUGUGGAAAAUGUGUUUAAUGCUUCAUCGCCGGGAAAAUACGUAAAUCGUGAAAUUAAAUUUCCGAAAAAUGGAGUUGGGAAUGGUCGAAUUAUAACGCAUAUAAGUGCAUUCGAUCAAGUGACGAAUGGCACUGGUGGACAUGCAACAAUUUACUCUGGAGGACCAGGAUUUAAUUUUGUGACCAUUAAACUACAAUCACAAUAUAAUUACGGAUUAAUUUUUCGCGUCGAAAUUUAUGGCAAAUAAAUUGCAAAACCUUUUGCAAUGUUUAUAACAAUCAAUAGAAUAAAAAGUUACUUAAUAUAUUUAAUAAGUUUAAUUUAAAUUAU